CCUUUUUUAUUAAUGGAGAAGAUAACGGAAUCGUGGCGAAUGGAGGAGCAGCAAGCUACAGCCUGCUCCUGCUGCCAAUGGAAGCGAGCACAAUCCACGCCGGCGGCAGCGUCGGCGAGGCCAUUGGUCGUCGUCGCCACCUCUUGCUGACGAAACCGGUCUCCAUAAAGCUCCUCCAAAUCCCUCUUCGGUUGCAGAAGAACCUCGUCGCCCCCAAUUCUCUCUGUUGGAGAAACAGACCAUUACACGUCGGCAUCGCCAGGUGCCACCGCGGGGAAUUCAAUGCCGUGGGGAAACAUGGCCACCGGAGAUUCAAGUUCAAAUUCCGCGCGAAGGAGGAGGCGGAAGAAGGAAGUUCCGGGAAGAGGAGACGGACGUGGUGGUCAGAUGCGCCGCCUGGCAGCGACGGCGGAGAUGAAGAAGACGAGGAAGAGCUAGGGAUUUUGGAGGAUUUCAUUGAAAGUCUAUGGAUUCUCAAGGUAUUCAAAUCCUACGGCUGGGGACUGCCGUUCAUCAUAAUCUCGUGGUUGCUAGCGACUGGCCCGAAAGCCUUCUUGAUGACAUUGGCAAUCCCUCUGGGUCAAUCGGCGGCGACUCUCGCUGUUAAUAGAUUGUGGGGGAAACCGACGAAGAGACGGCCGAAAGCAAAACCAAGGGCUGAAAAGAGGAAGAAACCAUCUGCGUCUCCUCGACGACGGAGCGAUAGAAGCUACAUUGUUGAAGAAGAUGAACAAGGAAGAAAGGCAGGUGGAGGAGGUGGGGCUGGAAGUGGGAAAAUGGGUUAUGAGUCUUGGGCAGACAGCAAUGGCAGCAUUUUUGCGGAGGAGGAAGAGGGAGAAGCGAAAACACAGUCGGCAUUGAAUUCCUGUGGUGGAUGGGAAGAGCUCGAGGGGUUCAGAUCCGUGCAGCAGAAGCAAGAACGUGAUCCGGCAAAGGCAAGUCAGCCACAGCCACAGCCCCAACCUGUGCCUGAAAAUGGAAGACGACAGCCACAGCUGCGGCCAAGGAGGAGAGGUACCACUGUCAAUGGCAAGGUGGCUAGGGGUGGAUUGAUGGAGAGCAGUGGGACACCGCUGUUCCUGCGAUUGUUGAUUGCAGUUUUCCCGUUCCUGGCUUCCUGGACGAAAAUGUUCUAGUUAGUUUAGGCCAUUUUGAUCAAUACUUGGCAUAUCAUUGAUUGAUUUUGUUACACAAAACAUGGAUUGUUUUUGGCAAUACAACAAUAGACUG